UGCAGCGACAGCAUCUGGUAGAAGUGUAGGUGGGCAGUUGUGCAACCAGAGCAGUUUCGGCUUAGCGUCGAUUGUGGGUCCUAGCACAUCUAUUCACAUCAGCAUCUAUUUCAUGUGAACUCUUCUCCGGGUCAAUACAUGGGGUUCCAAGUUGACCACUGUUGAGUUGAUUACACACAUCCACGCCGAGAGCUACAGGCAAGCAUGGAGUUCUUGUAUCAUACCGUAAUGGCGCUCGUCAGAUAAUGCUGGUGGCAACCUUCGCAUGUUCAUUGAUCUAAACCAUCUGGCUGCUCUUGACCUGUUGAGGAUAUCCUAUGUGUUUUUGGCUGCCAUUCGUGGCCUGACAGGCUGUGGUUGUGAGGAAUGGAGUGGGCUCCGUCGCAAGACGCACCGCUAUCGAAGACACAUUGCCUACUUCUGGGUUUACCUACCGAGCUUCGGGACCUCAUUUACGAAUACGCUCUCACAUCGGACAAGACUGUUGUGACGUUCCGUUUGGAUGCCUACCAGCGGGAGAGCUACAAUCAAGCGACUCAGCCAGCACUCACACGGGUCAGCAGACGGGUACGGCGGGAAACACUGCCAAUAUUCUACGGCCGAAACAGUUAUGUGCUGCACACCGAGGGUAACAAGUGCAGAGACGCUUGUUCAUGGUUGGCUUGCAAUGUUCAGCAUCUCCCCAAGCUCAGGCACGUGUCGUUCUGGAUUCGAUACCUUGCGCCUCGUGGCAAUCGAGCACAAUCUCAAGGUGCCUUAGCAGUGUCUUUGCGAAGGCCCACCACCACUGGGCAAUGGGAGGUAGAUCAGGAGUGGAGGUGGGUCACUGUCGUACGAAAACCAGGGACCAUAGAGGAAGAUGCUCAGAUCUUACUCCGAAAGCUAGAGAUUCUGGUUGCCGAAGAGUCGAAGGAUGCAUCGGAUACUGCAUUUUUUUCGGUGAUUUUAGCGGAGCUAAGUAUCUACUACAACAAGCAGAAGAUACUGUACUUCUUAUGAGCGUACUUGGGAACGCUCAUGUCUCCCCAGGAGUGGGCGGUUGAUGUUCCAUCGUUCAAUCGUCCAUCCAAACGAAGUCUACCGUGGUAGCCGUGGAAGAUCAACGCUCCG